UUCUCCGGCUCAUAGUCAUGUGAUACCUGUUGCCUUACCCGGAUCGUCGUUGUCCGCUGGGCUGCGUAAAGUUAGUCGGAAGUUUGUACCUGUGAGGUCUUUUUUUUCUGUUUUUAAUCAAAACUGUCACAAUGGUGGAAAUUUCAUUUACGAUCGCGAUUUCCGUGAUGACCCUGUUUUGGGCUAUUGUCGGAGGGGUUGUGCCGUGGUUUAUCCCCAAAGGGCCAAACAGAGGUGUGAUAGUGACGAUGCUGGUAUUAACUGCCGUCUGCUGCUAUCUUUUCUGGUUGAUAGCGAUCCUGGCACAGCUAAACCCACUGUUUGGGCCUAGCCUGUCCACUGACACCAUUUGGUACCUGCGCUAUCACUGGCCUUAAUUUGCUCUCCCAGGACUCCCAACCCUUAAGCAGCAGAGGACCUGAGAGUGCUGCAUACCAGUGGAUGUUUGCCAUUGCAGAGAUCAGUUGUCCCGAAUUGCCUUAAAACUCGGGUCCCUGUGUGAUUGAGUGGCACUGGUGCCUUGUAUACAAUGACUCCCAAAGGACUAUGAGAUCUGUGUGGAUGUGCUGUACCGUAAAUUUAAACAACAUUUUUGUUGCAAUUUUGUUUGUUUUAUGCACAUUAUGCUCAAUGAUAUUGAAAACGUGUGUGUGUGAGAGAGAGAGAUCGAGAGAGAAUGAGUGAGUGGUAUGUAUUUGUUUUUCUUUGUGUUUGUGAUGGAUGGGUCAUCAGAUAAUUAAUAAAUUAAUAACUCAUUCCUCCACAAUUAUUGUUGAUU